AUGCCCAACGCCACAUUUGAGGCGUUUUUGCACCGAAUCCGUCAAACUGCGGAUGAUCAGCAAUGUCUGGCACCCGAACAUGUCAAGAUCCUGUUUUCAAAUAUUGAGGACAUCCUGGAGUUGCACAAAGAGGUGUUGUCUGCUGUGGAGGCCAGCCUGCAGCCCGAACCCCAGCCCCACCACGCACUCGGACACGUUUUCCUCCAGUUUAGGGAGAGUUUCUCCGUCUACGGGGAAUAUUGCAGUAACCACGAGAAGGCUUUGCGGCUUCUCAUGGAGCUGAACAAGAUCCCCAACAUCAGGACCUUCCUCCUGCACUGUAUGCUACUUGGAGGGAAGAAGAGUACGGAUAUCCCUCUGGAAGGCUACCUUCUCACUCCCAUUCAGAGGAUUUGCAAGUACCCUCUGCUGCUGAAGGAAUUACACAAGCGAACUCCUAAGAAGCAUGCUGAUUAUCCAGCGGUGGAAGAGGCUCUGCAGGCCAUGAAAGCUGUCUGCUCCAACAUCAACGAGACCAAGAGGCAGAUGGAGAAGCUGGAGGCCCUAGAACAGCUGCAGUCUCACAUCGAAGGCUGGGAGGGAACAAACCUGACGGAUAUCUGCACGGAGUUGCUGCUUCAUGGCAAUCUCCUCAAAAUCUCCGCCGGCAAUAUCCAGGAACGCGUCUUCUUCCUGUUUGACAACCUCUUGGUUUACUGCAAAAGGAAGUCCAGGGUUUCUGGAAAGAAGUCUACCAAGAGGACCAAGUCCAUCAACGGGCCUCUCUAUGUGUUCAGAGGCCGAAUCAACACGGAGGUCAUGGAGGUGGAAAAUGUGGAAGAUGGAACGGCGGACUAUCACAGCAAUAACUACACAGUGACUAAUGGCUGGAAGAUCCACAACACGGCUAAGAACAAGUGGUUUGUCUGCAUGGCCAAAAAUGCAGAGGACAAGCAGAAGUGGCUGGAUGCCAUCUUGAGGGAACGAGAACAGAGGGAGAGUCUCAAGCUGGGAAUGGAACGAGACGCCUAUGUGAUGAUUGCAGAGAAGGGCGAGAAGCUCUACCACAUGAUGAUGACCAAGAGCAGGCACCUGAUUAAAGACAGGCGCAGGAAACUCAGCAUUGUGCCCAAGUGCUUCAUGGGAAACGAGUUUGUGUCAUGGCUGAUAGAAAGUGGAGAAAUCAGUAAACCUGAUGAGGGCGUCAACCUAGGACAAGCCUUACUGGAAAAUGGCAUCAUUCACCAUGUGUCAGACAAGCACCAGUUCAAGAACGAGCAGGUGCUGUAUCGGUUCCGCUAUGACGACGGCACAUACAAGGCCCGCAGUGAGAUGGAGGACAUCAUAUCUAAGGGUGUGCGGUUGUACUGCCGCCUCCACAGCCUCUACAUGCCAGUCAUCAAGGACAGAGACCAUCAUCUGAAAACAUUCAAAUCUGUGGUGCCGGCUAGUAAACUGGUGGACUGGUUAAUCCUGCAGGGAGACUGCUCGACCCGAGAGGAUGCCGUGACGUUGGGGCUGGGGCUCUGCAACAAUGGAUUCAUGCACCACGUCUUGGAGAAGAGUGAGUUUAAAGAUGAUUCCCAGUUCUUCCGUUUCUAUGCUGAUGAGGAAACUGAGGGCACGAGCACCAAGAGCAAGCAGACGCAGCGAAACGACUUCAAACUCAUAGAGAACAUCUUAGCCAAGUCCCUCGUGAUUCAUCCUGAGGAGGAAGGCUACGGAUUUGAGAUCGAAGAGAAAAACAAGGCCAUUGUGGUGAAAUCUGUCACCAGGGGCUCACACGCUGAGAUGGCUGGCCUGCAGGUGGGCAGGAAGAUCUUCACCAUCAACGAGGACCUGCUGUUCCUCAGGCCGCUGUCAGAGGUCGAAACCAUGAUCAGCCAGGCUUUCUGCAUACGGCGCUCUCUGCGACUGCUGGUCGCCACCAAAGCCAAGGAGAUUGUGAAGAUCCCUGACAAUCCCGACAGCCUCUCCUUCAGACUGUGUGGAUCGGCCCCUCCCCAUGUCCACGCUGUAAAGAAAGGUGGGGAGGCAGCAUGGGCAGGACUUCAGCCUGGUCAGGUCAUCUUGAAAGUCAGUGGCAAUAAUGUCAACCACAGUGAAUACCAGGAGGUCCUGGAGCACUUCACCGCCCAGCACAGCCACAACGAGCCUCCCAAAGCAUGUCACUGGGUGUAUCGUGGCUUUGAGGACGUGGAGGAGCUACAGAGAGAGAGAGGUGCAGAUGAGAAGGAUGAUGGUGCUUUUAGUCCUUAUCCGGUGGAGAACGGCUCCGACCACGAGGAGGAGAACGGCACCAAUGGAACAGACCACAUGCUCGGCAGACUUUCCCUCUCCGAUGACCUGCCUCUGGUCAGUCUGACGGUCGAUAAUGUUCAUCUGGAGCACGGCGUGGUGUAUGAAUAUGUGACCCCUGCUGGCAUCAAGAGCCAUGUGCUGGAGAAGAUAGUGGAGCCCAAGGGCUGCUUCAGCCUCACUGCAAAGAUCCUGGAGGCGUUUUCUGGUGAUGACAGUCUCUUUGUGCGUAACUGCAGCCAGCUCAUCUCCCAGAGCGACCGAGUUGUUACCAUGCCACAGUACGAGUUCAGACAUAUCUGCGACACCAAGCUGGAGAGCAUAAAGCGGCGUAUCAGCAGCUAUCAGCAGUUUGCCCUGGAACUGAGGAACAAGGUGUGGCCCUCCUUCAGGCAGGCGGGCCUCCGUCCUCACCCGCUGGGCUGCAUGGACUUCGUCCCCACCAACUGCCAUGUCAACCUGAUGCAGGUCUCCUACCCUAAAAGCACCACCUCCGCUGGCCGGACCUUCAGCAUACGCUUCGGUCGCAAAAACUCGCUCUUCGGCCUGGACCCAGAUCAAGCACAACUGAACCCCAUGUCCCACACUCAGCAUUGCAUGACCAGCAUGGGAGCUCCAUCCUGGAGCUGCUCGGGGCUGGAGGGGGACGAGGAAGACGGCGGUGGGGAGAAAGCCGUGGAUGUGGAUGAAGGCCUGGUGGACGGCAGGAGGAGCAUCCAUGGUGACGGCGGCUUGAGCUUCCUCCUCAAACAAGAAGACACGGAAACACAGAAUGCCUACAUUCACUUGUACAGCCGCUUAGACGUUACCGUGAGGGAAAUGAGGCAGUAUGUUGCUCAAAUAGACGUCCUCCUGUCGUCUAUCACCGAGCCAACACAGCUUCAAGGAGAGGGCGGGGAGCCUUUGGUCGAUGAGCCAAAUCAGCAACCUUCUCUGGCCUCCUGCGAAGAUGGCUGUGACCAAGACAAAGUGGAGCAAGGCGGCAUCAAAAGGGUCUGCUUUAAGGUGAUUGAAGAGGACCAGGAAGACUCUGGUCACGACACAAUGAGCUACAGGGACUCCUACAGUGAAUGUAACAGCAACAGAGACUCAGUUCUGUCCUACACCAGUGUGCGAAGCAACAGCUCUUACCUGGGGAGCGAUGAGAUGGGAUCAGGGGACGAGCUGCCGUGUGACAUGAGGAUUCCCUCUGACAAACAGGACAAGCUGCAUGGCUGCCUGGAGCACCUUUUUAACCAGGUUGACUCAAUCAACAGCCUCCUCAAAGGGUCCGUCAUGUCGAAAGCCUGCGAGGAGACCAAGUACUUUUACUCUGACCACAGCCAGCCAGAGUUUCGCCAAACCGAAGACUGGACCGCCCGCUGUCGUUACAUAAUCCAUAAAAACAUCCAGGAGGACCCUUGGAAUCUGCCCAACUCGAUCAAAACGCUGGUGGAGAGCCUGCAGAGAUUUGUGGAUGAUGGAAAGAACCAGCUUCUUCUGGCUCUGCUCAAGUGCACAGACACGUCCCUGCAGCUGCGGCGGGAUGUGAUCUUCUGCCAGGCGGCGACGGGCGCCGUUUGCACGCUGGCCGAGCAGGUGCUGACGGCCCUGCGGUCGCGCUUCAACAACGCCGGCGAGUACCAGGAAGACAGCAAGGAGACGAGCCGCAAGUGGCUGGAGCAGAUAUCCGUCAUUGGUGCCCUGUUGCACUUCCAGUCCACGCUGUCCCCGCACGUGAAAGAGGAACGGACCAUGCUGGAGGACACCAAAGCUGCCCUGUUGGAUCUAGACAAAGUCACUGUGUUCUUCAGGCAACUGGAGGAUGAGUGUCUGGUCGCAAACACACCCAUUUGUUACCAGGUGGAGGGAAGCCGGCAGGCCCUGAGGAUCAGCCUUUACCUGGAUAGCUGUCACUUUAGUGAGCUGCCCAGCCGACUGCAGAACGGAGGCAGCCUCAAGCUCCACACCGUCCUCUUCACCAGAGCUCUAGAGCGUCCCGAGGGAGUGUCCCAACAGGACUACACAGACAUGGAGGAGUUCCAGCAGCGCACCAAUGCCGUCUCACUGGAGAAGGUCAAGGCCUACUACCGCAGACUCAGGGCUUUCUAUUUAGAGAAGUCGAAUCUUCCCACAGACUCAAACUCCACAGCGAUGAAGAUAGACCAGCUGCUGCGACCCCUCAACACACUGGAUGACCUAUGUCGACUCAUGCAGUCCUAUGUCAACGUGCGCCCGAAUGCCCAGGGCCACCCGUCAGGUGUCAGCGUGCUGUGUGUGUCCUCUGAGCUGUGCAACCGCCUCGGAGCUUGCCACAUCACCAUGUGCAGCACUGGCAUGCAGAGAUGUACCCUGAAUGUGACAUUGGAGCAGGCCAUGAUCUUAGCCAGGAACCACGGCCUCAUGCCACGCUGCAUCAUGCAGACCAUGGACAUAAUGAGGAAACAGGGGGCAAGAGUUGAGCUCUCUGCUAAAAACCUCAAGGUAAUGGACCAGAUGCCUCCAUUGGCUCCAAGGCUCUUCAAGCUGUGUUUGCCACCCUCAGAUGGAGAGCUCUAACAACACUCCAUGACAAGGAGGGAGAACACAGAAGUGGAUGAUGUAAAGAAGGAUUACAGAAACAAGAGUAUGAGUCAUAUCGUGUCAAGAGUCACUGCCAGUAGAAAGACCCCUGACCCCCUCCAACUCAACCCCAAGUUAGGCAGAAGUGAUUCCAGCGUGGACACUAUAAUCCUCACGGCAAUGGACAGCUAAAUUCAAUGGAUUACAACGGACCAACCAGAACAAGACUUAUGCAACCGAAGGCUCUAAACUAGUCACAAACUCUUAUGCACAAGGAGACUUUCAGGCAGCAUUACUCUGUUAAAAAUCUUUAUACAGAAACAGGACACACACACACACACAAAAGACUCGAGAACCGGUGCAAAAUACUCUCAACAAGGCCUCAAAAAGAGGAUGUCUGCAGUGGUUAUGCUCAUGACCAAGCUCGUACUAUUAACUGGAUUAACCAAACUACCUGUAGCUGACCAUCAUCUUAAAUGCAGAUGUUUUCCACUUUGCCUUUGACUGCAAACUCCAGUGUACCCCCUAUUUCACUAUCUGGGCUGGUGUUCCCCAGGGCUCAACAUUUGGACCACCAGUGAUGUAGAAUACUUGAAUACACUGGUAUUCAUGUACAGCAGCCGGCUGAGUUGAUGCGAAAAGUCACAGAGUAGACAGGGACAUGGAAGUAGGGAUUGAGGGACAGGUGAAAAGAUGUCAAGGGGGGCUGUUUUUAAUUUUUUUUUGUUUUAUCAGCCCAUUGCAUGUGGUUACUGUGCAAUUACUGUAGGUUUAGUGUGAGUACUGUAUUACUGCACUCUAUGAAGGAUAGUUAUUUAUUGUGUCCAGAAGGAGCGUUUAUCGCUUACUUAUUCUAUAUCAGGUAUUAAAGCAUCUGAAAGCAUUCCAGCCUAUAUAUUGAACAGUAUUUAAUGGACCAAUGGCAUGCCAUUUUUCUUAGACGUAUCUGCUUCUGUGUUUCAUUUUAUUUAAGUGUUUUGAAUUUGAUUAUGUCAGGAAUUGUUAUUUGAACCAUCAGGGAGUGCAAGGGAGGGGAGUAAUGAAGCUAGCUAAUCAGAAUCAGGACAGGGGUAGCUAAAACAAACUAAACAAGGUUGUUUGUCUACAAGUAGCCAAGUUAACAUGUUAUGGUAUUGAAUCACUGUUAAAUUAUUAAUGUAUUCAUUCAAUUGUACUACUUGGAUUUCCUCCUGUUAAUGGAGAUGUCAACUGACUUUUAAAUUGGGUUUUAUGUUCCUUUUAAACUGUUGCGUUGACUAAGUAUUAAAAGAAGCAUGACAAUUGGUCCUUUCAGUGUUAGUAAAAAGUACUGUAAUCAGAUAAAAGACUAUGUAAACAAAGGGAGUGUUUGGUUACUAAAACUCAGAUUUUAUUUCUUUGUACAUAAGCCUGUAACAAUGCCAGAGGAGCCGAUCCGUGUUACAGCAGCAGAGUAAUUCUAUAAAUUUAUUGGUUUAUUUUUUAUUGAAGUAAUAUAGUAUAUAAAACAUUUUGUAUUGCAACUGUGCAUUUGAAGAGAAGCUGCCUCUCUGUUUUGAGCGUAACCUCACUGACAACUUGAUUAUGACUUUUAAAAAAUGCUCACCUUGCAUUUAAAGAACCUGCUGCAUUUAUUAGGCAUAUCAUUUAGUCCUUUUUAUUUAUUAAAAAAAAACAACUUCUUGUUCCAAGAUAGCAUGUUGCAUUGGUCUGCACAUAUUUCAUCAAUGGCAUGUCCACUGCAAAUUUACACCCAUCGGUUGCCACAAAACAAGUGUGGUCCUUUCCUAUUUCAACUUGGCUCCAAGUCUGAGGAGUGUAAAUACAAAAUGUAACUGCAUCAUUAGUGGACAAUAAACUGGUCAGUCUGGAGUGUUACCAGUUCGGAUUAACGAAUGAUGGCAGCAUGUAUGGUGUAGCUGGACAAACGCAUCACUGAGUCCACAUUUAUUUGCAUUCUUCUAAUGUUUCUCUAUUGUAAAUACUUUGUCUGCAAUUUUACGUUGCCUGAAAAUAACUGUAAAAAGUUUUUCUUUGUUGAAUCUUUCUAAAAUUAUAAUUGUAAAUGAUAUCUUAACAAGGUAGUGAAUAAAAUGUUCUCAGUAUGGUGAUUUUUUUUUCCUCCUCUGUGAAACAGUGUUGUUUUCCUGCAGUAAUCCAUCAGAGGACGUGAAGUCCAACAUAAAAAAGAGGCUAAAGCUCACAAUGAAAGCUGAUCUUUGUUGC